CUCCAAGGCAAGGCCCCAGGCUCACUGCUGACCUGUCCUUUGCGUUGCCAGGAGACCCACAAGCUGUACAAGCAGAAGCUCGAGGAACUGACCAAGCUGCAGGAUGGGAUCUCCAGCUCCAUUGCACGGCAGAAGAAGCAGCUGAAGGAGCUGUCUCUGGCCUUCAAAAACUGCAAGUCCACGACCACUGCCGAACAGGAGGAGUCCAUCCGGGAGAUCGAGGGCCUCAUCAAGGAGCGGCAGAGCGUCUUCUUUGAGAUGGAGGCCUACUUGCCAAAGAAGAAUGGGCUGUACCUGAGUCUGGUGCUUGGAAACGUGAACGUGACUCUGCUCAGCAAGCAGGCUAAGUUUGCCUACAAAGACGAGUAUGAGAAGUUCAAGCUCUACCUCACCAUCAUCCUGCUCAUCAUCUCCUCCUCCUGCCGCUUCCUUUUCAACUCCAGGGUGACGGACGCCGUCUUCAACUUCCUGCUGGUCUGGUACUACUGCACCCUCACCAUCCGCGAGAGCAUCUUGAUCACCAACGGGUCCAGGAUCAAAGGCUGGUGGGUUUUCCAUCACUACGUCUCCACCUUCCUCUCGGGCGUCAUGCUGACUUGGCCGGACGGGCUCAUGUACCAGAAGUUCCGGAACCAGUUCCUCUCCUUCUCCAUGUACCAGAGCUUCGUGCAGUUCCUGCAGUACUACUACCAGAGCGGCUGCCUGUACCGGCUGAGGACGCUGGGGGAGAGGCACAACAUGGAUCUCACUGUGGAGGGCUUCCAGUCCUGGAUGUGGAGGGGCCUCACGUUCUUGCUGCCGUUCCUCUUCUUUGGCCAGUUCCUGCAGCUUUACAACGCGAUCACCCUCUUCCAGCUGGCCAGACACCCGCAGUGCAAGGAGUGGCAGGUGCUCAUGUGUGGACUCCCCUUCUUUGUCCUCUUUGUGGGGAAUUUCUUCACCACCCUGCGGGUUGUCCACCAGAAAUUCCAGUGCCAGAACCGAGAGGCCAAGGCCAAGUGAGACGAGGCGCCGCUGCUGAGACGAAGGGGCUCUCCCUCCACCCCGCUGUCCCCUCACCGCACACCAGGCUGUACCGGCCGCCUCUCCUCACCCUGGAGCAUGCGCCUGUUGCUCCCCGGCAGGCCCCGCGGGACGGGCCAGCCAGCGCCUCUCAGGGGAAUGCAUGCGACCCAGUGACUCCCGCAGCUGCAGGCCGAGGCUCACAGCCAGUCCUGACCCCUGGCAACGCUGCCUUCGGGGGGGAGUCACGAGGAUCAGACAGUCUCCCCCGAGGGCACUGUGGCCAGGCAGUUACAGUCCUACUCUACCCUCUUCCCCCUUUGCUCCAGGGAUGGGCUGACUAGCGCAGCUACCUCCACACACAGCGGUUAAGCUGCCCCCUUUCACGGGGUCAGGCCAAAGCACUACCACGAACACCACACUAGCUCCACGCUUCCCUUUGCAAGCAAGGGGCGAACAGCGUCUCCUGCUCUGUGCCCCCGGGAGCACAGCCGGGCCUGAGGGGUAGGGAACAGCCCUCAGCCUGGCCUUGUUCCAUGCUCCCUGUCCCCGGCAGAGCAAACAUCUCAGCAACUCCCACUUGUGGCACCCUCUCCGCUGCAUGGCCGCAAGCUCCUUCCCGCCGCAUCCCUGGGAGAAGGGCUGGGCCUGGCCCAAUGGCCGCUGGGCGAGCAGAGCUCUCCAGUCAUGUCAUGGCUUCCCGCAGGCCUGGCUCUUCUGCCACUGGAAACAGCCAGUUCUAGCCUCUUGUCCACAGGAUGCGUCCAGGCUCCUGGAAGUGGGGCACCCUAAUUUCCCAGCCUUCUACCUCCCAACUUGCAGUAGCAGGGGGCAGGAGCAGCUACAAAGGAAGGAAAUUGCAGCACUGGUGCUAGGCUGUCGCUUAGCUGCUGGAGCUCUGGCGCACUUGGCUGAACGUGCUCAGGGCUGGCUUCCCCGGGGAGCAGCAUCCUGCCAUCUGCCAAGGAGCUUCAGGUUGGGGCAGGUGUCCUGGAGGGAGCUGUUGUACCUGUGUGAAUGUCUGGGCCUCCUUUGACAGGGAGCUCAUCCAAAUAAAGGGAGGCAGGGGAGAUCCCCUCCCUGAGCUCUCUGA